GGAAGUGAGAGCCAACUAAAAGAAAAGGCGAUGGGAAACCAGUGGCUCAGGUCUGAGAAGACCUGUAUAUGCGCGCAUCAAAUUCCAAGUCUUUCUCUUGCAUCCACAAAACCUUUUGGCUAUGGGUUUUAGGCUGCACCUCAAAUGGGGUUUCUCUGUCCAACCCCCUUUCUCCUCCAACUCAUCAGCAUGGCCUUCUUCACAUUCUUGGACUUUUUAUUGAUUACAACUCAUCUUCAUAUACAGUCAAAGGAAAGGAGGCUUUAUACGAUCCAGCUCGGUCUCUCAAACCUUUUAUCAACGGGGACUGUGAACCUUCACAUAGUGAUCCUUUCAGAGUGCGGACUUGUUUAUCUGACCCCCAACUGUGGACGAGUGAUAUAUCAGUAACUACAGAAAUAAAGACACGAAUCGGCAGAGGAUCCCCUAGCAAUAUAUAUGGAGAUAUUGGCAGUGAUAAGACUGGGAUAUCACCUGAUGGGGAAAAACCAUCAUAUUUAAGCACAACCAGAGCCCCUCAUUUUAGUUUACUAAUGAAAAAUAUUGAUUUGCUGGAAAACAUGUUUGCUGAUUCAGAGAUGUCAAGAUUAGAAAACGAUAUUCUGGUGCAACUAGAAAAGCUUGGAGCUUUAGAAUUCUUUCAUAGUCGUCUCUCAAGAACACUUCAUUCUACUUCUCCUGAAGUGCUUGACGUGCCAAGGGAGCUUGUUGAAGAAAUUGAAAAAGAUGACCUUGUUGGAAAUGGAAUAGAUAAGGUAGUCGUACGUUCUAGAAAAAAGCAAGAGCGGAAUUCAAGGAGAAACAGAGCAUCCGGAAUUGCUAAUGACAUUAUUACAGUGCAUCCACAUACCAAAAACAUCCAGGAGGAUAUGCAACAGCCAAAGUUUUAUUCUGGGAAAAGAACACAUGCUUCUAGAAAUAAAAGACAGAAGAUCGCUAAGAAUGAGGCAGAAAUGUCAAGAGGUGUUAAGCUGGUGGCCGAACUGGAAAGAAUCAGGUCAAUCCUUGAAGAAGAAACUGGUCGAGUAGCUAGUUUCAGUAGCUGGGCAGAAGCUGCUGGAGUUGAACAGAAGGAGUUGCAGCACCACUUGCAUUUUGGUUGGUAUUGCAGGGAUGAGCUUCUGAAAAGCACACGGUCCUUAGUCUUGUAUUUGGCAAGAAACUACAGGGGGCUUGGAGUGGCAUUUGAAGACUUAAUUCAGGCUGGGAACAUGGGUGUGCUACAAGGUGCUGUAAGAUUUGACGACACUAGGGGAUACAAAUUCUCAACUUACGUUCAGUAUUGGAUAAGAAAAUCAUUGUCAAAAUUGGUGGCCCAGCAUGCUAGAGGGAUCCGAAUUCCCUUCACUAUAUGCAAAGCAAUAAAUCAAAUACAUAAGGCUCGAAAAGCUCUCAGUAGGAGCCAUGGAAAAUUUCCAGGUGAUAAUGAAAUUGCCAAGUACACGGGUCUAUCUACGGCUAGGAUUGCAAUGGCUAGUAAAUGUCUGAGAGUUGUGGGUUCAAUUGAUCAGAAAGUUGGACAUUGCAUCAGUGCAAAAGUUUUGGAACUCACACCAGAUAAAUCAAUUGUAAGCCCGGAGGAAACUGUCAUUAGGGAAGACAUAAUAGACAACAUGUAUGCUCUUUUGGAAAGCUUGGAUCCAAAAGAGCAGCAAGUAAUAUAUUUUAGGUUUGGUCUUGAAAAUCAUCAGCGCAAAUCCCUCGAGGAGAUUGGGAGGCUUUAUGGAGUAAGUAAAGAGUGGAUUAGGAGAAUAGAACGAAGAGCUCUCACAAAAUUGAGAAGCGCGGAUUGUUUCCAAGAUUUAACUCAUUACUCUGUAUAGUUCAGACAUUGCGUAGCCAUAAGCAUUUGUAUUUACCAAUUUGUAAACUUGAUCGAUCUCAGAGUAAAUGUUUCUUGUAUACUUCUUAUCUGUAGAGUAGUCAUAUACCAUCAGAACCUUGUAUUGUUUACAUCUUGUAAAGUUUAAGGACGUGAUAAAUAAAUUUACUUCAUUGAUUGUCA